CGAGAAAACGGCUUUGUUAAAUCUCGGUUGGUUUUUAAAUUUGGCGCGCUAAAACCUGUCGAAGUGAUUUUCAUCACGUGACCCACGCUCGCCGCCAUUUCGCCGAAUAAACAACGACCGGGAAGGUUCUGAGUGUGGUCUUUAACGUUUUCUGUUAAGUAGAUUGUGUAAUUAAAUAAUAAAAAUGUCUGAAGUGGAUUCAGUAAAUACCAAUAAUGCUGUAAAUGAAGAAAAUAGUCAAAAUGAAAAAAGUACUAAGGGUAGAAAAUCUAAGUCUCCUAGGCUGUCUACAAUCGAAAGGGCCAGAGAAGAAAGCGAGGCGAUAACUAAGGGUUUGGGACCUGAAGUAGAAGGACGGCGCAGGACGAGGUCUGCAGCUAAGGGCGUCACAGCUACACCGCCCCCUCCUGCUAAGAAGGAAAGAAAAAGUUCCAGUGCUGCAAAAACAAGGGGAAGGCCAAAGGUGGCAGCAAAGAAAAAUGCAGAAGAAAGCAGUGACUCCCAUGAUGAAAAGUCAGAAACGUCAGUGACCGAGAGUGAGGAACAAGCAAAAAGUAUCGAUGAAACAAAAAGUGAUGCAGACACAACCGAAACUAAUUCUCACGAUGACAAAGAAGAAACCGGCAAUAAUAAUGCUGAUGCAGACGCUACCGACUCUAAACAGGAAGCCGAGGCAGCGGCCACUGAGAACGGAGCUAAAGAGGACAGUGUAGACGCCCCAGCCUCCGAAGACGAGAAAAAAGAGGAAGAAAGCAAAAGCACUGCAGACGAAUCGGAGUCUGCAAGUCAUGAAGAAACAGAAGCUGAAAAACCCGCUGAAUAAAUAGAACUGAUUAGAAAUGUGAACGAAAAAAAAAUCUAUACUUAAUAUUUUGUAUGAAGUACACAUCAUUGUUUUAAAUGAAAAAUUUUGUACGUACGUGCACAAUGGCCGCCACCAAGUUGACAAAAAGCCCAUUCGGACUAUAAAAUCGCUCCCUCUUCAUCCAUUCAUUGUUUGUAUUUUCAUAGAAAUAUGUAGUAAUAUAUUUUAGAUUUAUUUUGAACGUAAAAUAAUUGUCCUGAUUUUAUAUUUAUGUAAACUAAACUGUAUGGUUAAUUAAUAUAAAUGUGAAAUAAAUUUUCAUUAAUUAGACAAAUA